CAAUAGAGAAGGGACCAGGCUCGUCUUUAUGGAGUUUCGAACAAGACGUUUGUUGUGAGAGUUUCUCUCCGAGGCAGUUUUUGGGCGGCAACAACAACAACAACAACAACAACAACAACAUCAUCAUCAACAACACGAUGAGUAGUUGUAGAUUCUUCGCGAGCACGACGCUCGUCGUCCUGCUGCUCCGGGCGAGUCUGGUCCGCUGCGACAUCACGGACGGAAACACCGAACAUCUGAAGAGGGAGCACUCGCUGAUGAAGCCGUACCAAGGUGUUGGCAGUAGCCCGAGCAGCCAGUGGGACUUCUGGGGAAGCACGUUGGUGACGGGCUCGUACGUGCGACUCACCCCGGACGAGCGGAGCAAGCAGGGAUCCAUCUGGAACACCGUGCCUUGUUACCUGAAGGACUGGGAAAUGCAUGUGCAGUUCAAAGUUCACGGCUCGGGGAAAAAGAAUCUCCACGGCGACGGCAUCGCCAUCUGGUACACCAAGGACAGACUGCAUCCAGGCCCCGUGUUCGGAAACAAAGAUCAGUUUCUUGGCCUGGCUCUUUAUUUGGAUACCUUCCGCAAUGACCUCCAUGGGAUGGAUCGCUCCUUCCCGUACAUCUCGGCCAUGGUGAACAACGGCUCGGUGAGCUACGACCACGGCAAAGACGGACGCGCGUCGGAGCUGGGCGGCUGCUCGGCGGAGAUCCGUAACAGAGAGCACGACACGUACCUCGCCAUCCGCUACUCCAAAGGACGGCUCACCGUGAUGGUUGACGUAGACGACAAGAACGAGUGGAGGGAGUGCAUCGACAUCGGAGGUGUUCGUCUUCCCACCGGAUAUUUCUUUGGUGCCUCAGCGGCGACAGGAGAUUUGUCUGAUAACCACGACAUCAUCUCCAUGAAGCUCUACCAGCUGAUGGUGGAACACACCCCCGAGGAGGAGAACCUGGACUGGACCAAGAUCGAGCCCAGCGUCAGCCUCCUCAAGUCCCCUAAAGACAACAUCGACGAUCCCACCGGGAACUUCCGCGGCACGCCGCUCACGGGCUGGAAGGUCUUCCUGCUGCUGCUCUGUGCUCUGCUGGGGAUCGUCGUUUGCGCGGUGGUGGGCGCUGUAGUUUUCCAGAAGAGACAGGAGAGGAACAAGAGGUUUUACUGAGGAGGAGGAGGAGGAGGAAGAGGUGUUUUGUUGUGGAAUGAACUGUCUCCAGAUGACAGAUUGAGCACAUUCAAUGUGAAUUUUCUUUUUCUAAAGAUUGUACAAAUGUUUAUAUCUCUUGAAGCACUGCGUAACUUGCGAUGUGGGUGAGACGAUGCAGAACCGUAGUGGCUCCUCUCGUAAGUGACCCUGAGAAAUGCUGAUAUUGUUUUUCCAUGUCUUUGUGUUCCCUUUACGACUCUGGGUUAGUCAUUUUCAACUUUGCACCUUUGAGUUCGGCAACAUUGCGUUCGCGCCUGCUCAUUGGUUAACACGGUGUUUCUGCUCCCAAGUGCGAUGCUUCACAAAAGGUGGUUCAGAUUUUUUGUCUUCCGGCAGACGCAAAGAACCAACUCACACAAAAAGAAAGAAUCUGACAUGGUGAUGAUCUGUUGCUGAUUUCUCUCCCUGUGAAUGUCUUUGGAAAAAUCCAAUUCCGAUGAUUAUUUCUAAUCGUGAGCAUUUUAAAGUGAUCAAGCACAACAAUCUCUCCAGUGGUAUCUGAGAGAGAGAGGAUUGUGGGAAAUGUAUUUUUUGUCAGUAACCACUGUAUGAACACUCAGUACUUGGUGAUCAUAACGUUUCUCUCUUGCAGGAUACGGUCAGUAACAAUUUCACCCAUCAGCCUUAUGAUGUCUUUGUCCUCCGAUUGAUAAAGUUUGAUUUUUAAUUGGUGUCUCUUUCUUCCCUUUUUUUUUCGAAUUCUGCUCAGCGUUUUUAACCGUCUCUGCUCAUGCCCAACUACCUACUGUGUUUAUUGCAAAUUGAUUUUGUGAAACGCCACAUUUGCCACAUAUUCAAAUUGUUUGUGAAUGAAUAAUCAAACCUGAGAAACUGGAGCCAGACGAUUGUUUACUAAAAGAUUUAAUUUGGAAUUUAUUGUCAAAAUUGUUGCCAACAACUGUCACAUGGACACAAAAAGAAGAUGGUACCAUCUCAGUCAUCCAACAACAGUGUGACGACACAUUCUUCAUACAAAUAUUUGGUUUUCAUGUUGUCAAACUAGAAAAUGUCUCCACAGCCCCAAAACGGCAGAAUAAAUACACCUGAAAGAAAAUUCAAUGCACGAGUGGAUUAAUACAAAAAAACAAGCAUUUUGGAGGUUCUCAACUAGAAAAUGUCUUGAAAAUGUUUGUUUUUCCGUUCAUAUUUCAAAAAAUUCUGUGAUUCUGUUCUGUUUUGUCAGACUCACGGAGGAGAGGAGCCGUCGAACCGUGAAGUCUGUUGGUUGAUUGUUCGAAAGGCACAUUAACAUCGUCAAUCCUGUCUCUCUAAUUUCUUUUCAGUUUCAUUUUUCUUUGUUGUUUUUUUUCUUUCAGCUUCCAUUUCCAUCUUGGUUCUGUCGGUCCGUUCACUGUCGGGAUUUGACACACUUGUCAAAAUUUGAUGUUUUUUUUAUCUUUUAGCAUGGUCAGGAUUUUUUUUUUUAAUCUGUGUGCCUCUGUUCUUUUAAAGCCCGUCUGUGUUUGCCUCUGGCAAAAUCAGUUCUGCUGGCGAUGAGACUUGAAAACUGCUCCUCUCAUCAGGAAUAAUGUAUUAAAAAAUAAAGAAAA